AUGCUCUCACGCUUAGUACUUCCACUUGUCAGGCAGAGGGCCAUACCUGUUGGCACCAGACUAUCUCUGACCACCUCACCCGCCACAUUCUAUGCUCGCGAUUCUAAGAAACCGUCGAAACCCAGCGGUUACACGAUCCCGUCCUCAGCUCCCUCUUCCGAACCCCUAUCAGACGGCCAGAAGCCUAGAGUAGUCCCCCAGCCAAAGGCACAGGCAACAGACAAAUUCUCGGAAGAACAAGUAGAAUUUGAAACAUCUGAUGAAUCGCAAAAGAAUACAGCUCCUCAAUCUACUGGAGCUGGAUCUGGAUCAAAGCAAGAAACCUCCGAGGGUCAAGCUGAUACUCUAAACGAGAAAGGAGAGCCAGAACACGCCAACCAACAACCUCUUCCAGACCUGACCCAAGGUAUCCCAUCUACCUUGGGUGAAGAGGUGGAAUCACAAUCGAGACGCCGUAUCGGAGGACUGAACUUGACCGAAGACCCAGAGAAGGCCACUGACGACGAUGGAGCCCGUGGUGAUAUUCCAAAGAACGCUUACGUCUCUUCUCUCGAGAGACGCAGAAACAAGAUGACCAACUUGACCUUUGCGGCAUUCCUGGGCUUCUCUAUCGCCGGUACGAUGUAUCUUGGCCGUAAUUGGGAUACAACGGAAGAGGAAGAAGCCCAUCCGGAUGCUCCCUCGGGAUGGGGCUUUGGCCUUCUCUUUAACCGUAUCAAAGCUCGUAUGUCUGACAUCACAAGCUACUACAAGGAUCCUGCGUUUGAAAAACUUCUACCUGAAGAAGACCCGCAAUUCAGACAACCCUACACCCUCGUCAUCAGUCUCGAGGAUCUCCUCGUUCAUAGUGAAUGGACCCGUGAGCAUGGAUGGCGAGUAGCGAAGAGGCCAGGAGUGGACUACUUUCUUCGUUAUCUCAACCAAUACUACGAAUUGGUUCUUUUCACGACCGUUCCAAGUAUGAUGGCAGACCAGGUUCUGCGAAAGCUUGACCCAUACAGAAUCAUCAGAUGGCCGUUAUUUAGAGAAGCUACCAAGUACGAGGAUGGUGAAUAUGUCAAGGAUCUUUCUUACCUGAACCGCGACCUUUCGAAGGUUAUUUUGAUCGACACCCAUGCCCCUCAUGCUAAACGCCAGCCCGAGAACGCCAUUAUAUUACCCAAAUGGAAAGGUGAUUCAAAAGACAAGUCGCUUGUUGCCUUGAUUCCCUUCUUAGAAUACGUUGCUGGAAUGGGUAUCGAUGAUGUCCGGCCAGUUCUCAAGUCUUUUGAGGGCACGUUCAUCCCAGCCGAAUUCGCCAAGCGUGAGAAGGCCAUGCGUGACAAGUUUGAGAAACAGCUAGCAGAAGAGAAAGCCAAGAGACCGAAACAUAGCAUCGGUGGUAUCGGUGCCCUCUUCGGUAUAAAGCCUGCCGGGUCGUCAAUAGCUGGUCUUGAAGAUGGCCAAUCCGGUGGAAUAGAGGAGGGAAAGAUGCUGUGGGAUCAAAUCCGUGAGAGAGGCCAGAAACAAUAUGAGCUAAUCGAGAAAGAGAUCAGAGAAAACGGUGAGAAAUGGCUGGCAGAAAUGGCAGCAGAAGAGGAGAAGGCUAGAGAAGAGCAAAUGAAAGGAAUGAAGAAUAGCUUGACAGGCUUCUUCGGAAGCGGCGGUAAAUAA